ACACCAGCAAAGCCUUUUAGCUAAUGGAGCACUGAUCCUUUGAACACCCCCCGUUCCCACCCCCUCCCACCCCAAUUCCAGCUGCCCAUGGCAGUAUAAAAGGCAUCGUAAAUCGCUUCCUCAUUGACAUUAUCUUCGCAAACGACCACCUUCAGUUCAGGAUCCUGUCUUACACACCGGGCCUCCCGGCUAAACAACCCUCCCAAUCUUUGACCGACAGCUUUGGCAAGCAAAGAAGGAAGGGACACGCCCUGCACUCCUCAAUAACAAGAUGGCCAGUGGGGAAUUGACAGAGCUGGAGAAGGCCAUCGACAAAAUCGUCCAAAUCUUCUUCAUGUACACAACCCAAGAGGGCAAGAAGGGGACGCUGACGGCUGGCGAGUUCAAGGAGCUUGUGACUUUGCAGCUCCCAAACCUCAUGAAGGAUGUUGGCGAUCUCGACGAGAAGAUGAGGAGCCUGGAUGUCAACAACGACCAGGAGCUGAAAUUUGGAGAGUACUGGCGGCUCAUCGGGGAGCUGGCCAAGGACAUCAAGAGGGAGAAAGUGGGGAAGAAGAAGUGAAAGUCGUGGCAGGCGUGGAUGCGUGUGGGGUGUGUGUGUGAGAGAGAGAUGGGUGGGACCAAGAGACCGUGACCAUGAGCACUUGGGGGAGGAGGAAGUCGCCGGGAAGUAUUCAUUAAUUUGUCAGCAGGUUGCAACAAUUCAAAUAAAAGCCUUUGCUCCGA